CAUCGUUUUUGCGACUUGCUACGCAUUCACACGUCCACAUUACCAACUACUGAAUUUCUACCGCUCUACAAUUCAUCAAAAUGCCCCGUGCUGUUCGAGGAGUCCUGAUCGAAUGUGAUCCGUCCGUGAAAGCGAUUAUCCUGAAGUACGAUGAAGAAAGACAUGACUACAUUGUGGAGGACCUGGAUGAUGACCGCCACCUGGUUAUCAAGGAGAGCCAACUGCAGAACCUGAAGAUCCGGCUGGGAAGGGAACUUGAUGAAAAGGUCAUGCAACCCGACGAGUCGGAAUCCGAUGAAUGAAUUUCCUGGAUGUUUCGAUAUAUUUCCAUCCUAUCAUAUCCACACAGACGCCAUCCUUUCGUCGUUACGCUCCGAGGGGACAAGGAGGGUCUGAAGCAUUGUACAACGGCAGCGCGACUGUUCUACGACUACCAACGAUCGAAAGAGAACAUCGCCACACGUUGAAAUCACGAGUUGCCAUGUAUACUCAUUGUGUAAUUGGCCAAUGACUCGGCCUGGUCAACACCGUUGAUACCCAAGGGAGGUUUGGUCCAGGGAAGUGGCAAAGAUAGGUUCUGUGCUUCUUAUCGUAUUGUCUAAGAUCGGCAUCAAGAGAGAAGUAGAGGAGCUUCAAGGUAUGCCAAUAGCACUGGAUGUUACUUGGUUGUUAUUUGAUUAGUGCUCGCAUGGAAUUGGUUCAUGUAUAGAAAAUUCUUCUAUAGGGUUGACUUGGCAUGGACUUCCCUGCUUUUCAGCCCUUUGGAAGUGUCCAGAACCUUGUCAGGAGUGCGAAAGGUGUAUAGUAUUUUCUAGAUAUCCAAGUUAUGAAUCACUAUCUGGAGGUCUAACAGCCAA